UCCAAUAAAUAGACCAACUUCCCAUUAACCACCGAAACUGUGUGGCAAGUCAUACAAUUAGACAGGUCUAGUCUUCCACCACCGCUCCUCCACUGCUAAUUAAAAUAAUGGCAGCAUCUCAGAAAUGUCUUGGAAAAGGAAGCCCUGCUCCUGGCCCUGUGCCAAAGGACCACAUACGGCUCUACAGCAUGAGAUUCUGCCCUUUUGCCCAACGGACAAGAUUGGUGCUCAAUGCCAAGGGAAUUAAACAUGACAUCGUCAACAUCAAUUUGAAGAAUAAGCCUGAUUGGUUUCUGGAGAAGAAUCCUCUUGGUUUAGUGCCAGCGCUGGAGACCCCGAGUGGUCAUGUGAUCUACGAGUCACCAAUCACCUGCGAGUACCUGGAUGAGGUCUAUCCUGAGAAGAAACUGCUCCCAUCUGACCCGUUUGAGAGGGCCCAACAGAAAAUGCUGCUGGAGCAUUUCUCAAAGGUAACUCCCUACUUCUAUAAGAUCCCUGUUGGCAAGACAAAAGGAGAAGAUGUGUCUGCACUUGAAGCAGAACUUAAAGAGAAACUCGCCCAGUUUAAUGAGACCCUUGUCAACAAGAAGACCAAGUUGUUUGGAGGAGAUUCAAUAACAAUGAUUGACUACAUGAUGUGGCCAUGGUUUGAGAGGAUGGAGAUGAUAGAUCUGAAGCACUGCUUGGAUGACACUCCUCGGCUGAAGAAGUGGGCUGAACACAUGUUGGAGGAUCCCACUGUAAAAGCCACAAUGUUCAGCACAGACACCUACAAGGUGUUCUACAAGUCCUACAUGGAAGGAAAUCCCGAUUAUGAUUAUGGUUUAUAGAAUAAAUCAUUGUUCUCUGGUAAAACACACCUGUCUGUUUUAACAGAUAUUAAUUCAGAAGGUACAUUAAUAUCAGUCCAUCUUUUAUACUGUGAUCCUGAUUAAUAUGAAAAGAGAAUUUCAUGCCUGGUAUAUCAACCUUUUUGUCUCUUUGUGGAUAUCAAAAUUCAUAUUAUUCAUCUUAUAUAACUGCUAAGGUUAUAGUGCCUGAUUAUUAUUAUUUUUUCUUUAUCAGA